UAAAAACGUCAAAAGUCAUCUGUGAGUCAAAAGUGUGAGACAUAUAGAUAACCACAAAAAAAUGUUAUAUAAAAUAAUAUGGGGAUGUUGUUUUGAAGAAUAUUUUACCCAGAUUUUUUUUUAAAUAUGUAUUGGUUUAAUUAAUCGUAAGCCUUGCACUGUUGAUGUUCGUACUUAUUCAGUUACUAUUGUCAUGGCGCCGCCCCCAAUAGUAACAGGAUUAUCCCCAAAUGAAGGGCCCCCUGGUACAAAGAUAAUUAUAAGAGGAGAAAAUUUUGGGACAAAGCCCACAGACUUAAUAGGAUUGACAAUUUGUGGCUGUGAUUGUUUACUAUCGGCAGAAUGGAAAUCACCUAACAAAAUUAUAGCUAGAUCUGGGCCAGGGAAAGGAAAAGGGGAUGUUAUUGUAACAACUAGGCUUGGAGGAAUUGGAUCAUGUAAUGUUACUUUUAAAGGAUACCAUGAAACAGUGGGUCCAAUGAAAGAAAGUGCUGUUUGGGUUGAAAAAACCCCUUUAUUUGUUUGGGGUAGGAAUUCUCUAUCUUCUAAUACAUUUCAACAAGAAGAUCCCUUAGGUUUAUCUGAAGAAGGAAAUGAAAAGAAAAUUUCAGAAGAUGAUCUUAUGGAAUUAUUUCCAAAUCUCUCGGGUGAUAUUACAUCAGAAAAUUUUUCUCCAGGAUGGUUUCUUCUUGAGAACCAUCAGUGUACCUCUUUUAAUGAUUUACAGGCAGGCUUGUUACAUUUGAGACGAAAGGUCGAAAACCAAAAGGAAGGGCAGUUAUCAUUUUUAAAAGCAAAUGUUGGUUCAGUAAUGGAUCAGAUUGAUACAAUGGAUAGAUUGAAACAGAGCUUUGAGAAUGAUGUUACAAAGUAUGGUACAGAACCAACUCAUAAACUUGAGAAAUCUAUAAAAGAGUCUGUUAGAGAAGCUAGAAAAUUGUUUGAUGAUGUUUUAUUAAGAAGAGAUAGAGCUGAAAAAACUAGAAAUGCCUUAAAUGUUUUAUCUAGGUUUAGAUUUCUUUUUUGUUUGCCAUGUAUUAUAGACCGUCAUAUGCAAAAACAAGAUUAUGAUAUUAUUAUAAAUGACUAUAUGAGAGUCAAAAAUUUAUUUAAUAGAACUGAAGUGCCUGUCUUCAAAACUGCUUUAUAUGAAACAGAGAAACGUAUAAUGGCAUUACAAAAAAUGUUACAUGACAAUUUACAAAAAAUGCCUAUUAGUAUAGAAGAACAAAAAAGAUUAAUAAGAUAUUUAAUUAAUCUUGAUGCACCUUAUGAACCUGCUUGGGAUGCUAUACAAAGUCAUGUUAAUUAUAUUAAUUUGCGUUUUAAAGAAUGCUAUGAUGAACAUAAAUCUGCAGAAGCAGUUUUAGCUCAAGAACUUGCAAAACUAAAGAAUUCUCAUUCUUCUUCCAAGUUUAAUAAGUACAAUAUACAAACGCAAGACACAUUAAAUUGUAUCCCAGAAAAUGUACUGUUUAUAGAAGACCUUUGCGAUAUUUUAUCACAACUGUUUCCAAAUCUUUGGAAACUAGGACAUUCAUAUUUUACAGGGGAACUUCUUCAUGUAAAAAUUGAACCCGGCAAACAAGUUGCUUUUAAGCACGUUGUAUUGACAAUAAUAGAAACAUUUUGUAAAAUGUUAAGAGCUGCAGUAAUACCUCAUACCUUAGAUAAAAAUGUUGACAAAAGUACUGUUGGCUCUUGGUCAGUAAAAGACAUAAAUAUUAUAGCACUUUGGUUGCCAAAUAUUUUACGCCAUGUGCGGUCUUCAUAUAACAUUUUAAUUAAACUGGAUCUUCCCAAUGAAGCCUUAAAUAUUGUAUCCGAUUUAAUUUUGGACCUGAAAAUAUUUUGUAUGUCUGUUCUAUUCAAACAAGCAACUGAGCAAGUUAGACAGCUACAGAAACAAGAGGACUGGAAAAUAGAAUUCAAUGGGGUCACUGGAUUGCCACUGAAAUAUGAACAGCAUCUUCAGAAUGUAGUGCAGUUGGUAAAAGAGUCAGUAUUAAUAAGUGAGCAAAAAGAAGCAUCAUUAUCAGAAAGUCCAGUUGCCCAAAAAGAAUUAGAGAAAAACGUAGAAUCACUAUUUCUUGUAUUUUAUGACGUUUUAAAAAAUUUAACAUUUCAAAACGAAAAUGGUGAAGAAGAGGGUUGUACAGCCGUGGUGUCCCAACUUAUAGGAACCCCUGUAUCUGCUUACAGAAAUUAUGGAUCAACAAAAGAAGUACUUUUGUGGGAACAUAAACUUUUAAAAGUUUUGGCAAACUGUCAAUAUAUGACCAAUACUGUAUUGAAUAAUAUUUUUGAGCUUUUUAACAAGUCUGGGAUUGCGAUGUCUAGAGCGUCAAUAGAGAAAAUAAUGAAUAAAUUUUCGGUUUUAGAGAAGACUGUUUUAGAAACAUAUUUAGAGCAAAAAAGUGAUCCAUUAGUUGGUACCAUAGAACCCUCGAUGUAUUUAGGAAAAUUCGAUUGGGACUGCGUCAAUAUUGUUACUGAUAUUAAGCCAUAUGCAAAAGAAUGUCUUAAUAAUGUUAUACAUGUACAUAGUGAGGUUUAUGGCGUUUCGCCGACUUUAGUUGAUAGUAUCCUACCUCAAGUAAUUCAAACAGUAGCUGAGGAAUUGUAUAGAUUGAUGUCUUGUGUACAAAAAUUUAAUUUAUAUGGUAUUCAACAAGCUAGAGCCGACAUAGGCUUUCUACAAAGCAUGUUUUCUAGCUACCUUACACCAAAGGCCAGUACAUUUUUUAAAGAAGCGUUGGAUGCAAUACCACAGUUAAAAAAUGGAGAACAAACGAUUGUAGAGGAUGUUAUUGCUAAGAGUUCAAAGAAGAUGAAAUUACAGGCAUUAUGUCUAAUAAAAACCGAAAACAACAUAACAUUGUGAUGCUAGUGAUUUAUUACUUUUUUACUUCAAAUAACGUUUACGUUUACUUUUCUUUCAAUACUUCGGCGUUUAUUAACAUAUUAGGUAAAUAGUUAUGUACCUAUACUUGUUUGUUUUAGUUUAUAUAAAUUUUUCCAAUUUCAAAUGUAAUAAUUACCUCUAUGCAUAUUUGUACACAUAAAUAUUUAUUUUAU